GCCUGGGGUGUGAGAUAAGAAGAAAUAGAAGCAAACAACCGACAAAGAAAUUAGAGGUAAUGUGAUAUAAAGGGAUGGAGGAUGCAGCUCAACGAGGCAGCCAGUUGGGGAAUCAUAAUAACGCUCCAGUAUUAUUACCCACAUCCCUGGAUAGAAAUGUCCGGAAAUGGCGGUCCAAGAAAUAAAAGACCCAUCCAAAGUGUUGUGGUCUAUUCGUGGGUCUCCUGCAAGAUCGCCAUGGUCGUGGUCAUCAUGGGCAACAAUAACCUCAUGGACCGACAAAAGGGUGACACACCCAUGCAAGGGAUACUCUGGGUUUUGCACCGCCUGCACCGAUAUCAACCGCCAAAUCGACUAUCGUAAUAAAUCGAUGACGAAAGAGUUCAUCCUAGAAGCAUAAUUUCUGGAACACGGGAAAUAAACUCAUUGCUAGACUAGUAGAUAGGAGGUUAUGUGGC